GCCACAUUUCUGCCAGCUCUACUCUAACCCCUUUUCUGUUUCAUUAUAAAACGAGUCUUCAAUUCCGUUCUAUCUCUCUCGAUGUUCCCCUACAUUUGGAUAGAAAGAGGCUCUACUAAUCUCGCAUUAGGGCAUCAUGAGCGCACCCAAUGAUUCAUCGAGAUGGAGCUCGUUAACCAUUGGAGAGAAGCUGUGUGCUGCCUUCGUACCAUUUAUGUCCAUAGCUGAAAUCCUAUUGCUCGCCAUCUCUGGUUGCUUUGAUUUUCAAUCGGAUAAUCGUAGCACUACUGAGAAGCUUCGUUUUGAUCAUCAUCAGCUUUCUCGCCUUGCAUCCGAAUCUAAUUUUAGUAUCAAUGAAGUGGAAGCACUUUUUGAACUAUUUAAGAGCUUGAGUUGCUCAAUUAUUGAUGAUGGAUUGAUACACAAGGAAGAGCUCCGAUUAGCACUAUUUAAUACCCCUCAAGGCGAGAAUCUAUUUUUAGAUCGGGUUUUUGACCUUUUUGACGAAAAGAGAAAUGGUGUAAUUGAAUUUGAGGAAUUUGUCCAUGCUCUCAGUGUCUUCCAUCCCUAUGCGCCUAUAGAAGAUAAAAUAAACUUUGCUUUUAGGCUAUAUGAUCUGAGACAGACCGGGUAUAUUGAGCGAGAAGAAGUGAAGCAGAUGCUGAUAGCAAUAUUAACAGAAUCCGAGGUGAAGUUAUCAGAUGACCUUCUCGAGGCUAUUAUUGACAAAACAUUUGUUGAUGCUGAUGCUGAUGGAGAUGGUAAAAUCUGUAAAGAAGAAUGGAAGGAAUUUGCCCUACGCAACCCAGGCCUUUUGAAGAACAUGACUCUUCCUUACCUUGUGGACAUCACCACUGCAUUUCCAAGUUUUGUUUUCCACACUAUGGUCGAGGAUACAAAUUGAAAACCUCAUUUCCUCAUAGACACUGAAAAUUUGCUAUCAUAAGAUGGGCAAAGUAUCGACUAAAAUCAGCAAGCACCAUCUGAUGCUCCAUUCACCCUACCAAAACUCUCAGACACAAGGUUUCCAGAAACUUAGAACCUUCUCCAAGAAAUCACAUCCUUACUUGACAAAUGUACUUCUGAAAGAAUAGCUAAAUCUUGUAUAUCUAAAUAGCGUAUGAAAUCAGUGAUGUAGAUCUUUUCUUUAUUUUUAUUGCAUGAG